GCUGCCCCUCUGCGGCCUUGGGGCGGGGGCUUCUGCGGCGCCAGCUCCAAAGGCGGAUCCAGGAGGGAGGGACCUCCUCGGAGAAGCGGGGCGCGGUCCCAACUACGCAGAGGCUCACAGGCCGACCCUCCUCUCCUCACGCCACACCCAUCUGCGUCCGGGUCCACACAUUCACCCUACAGACGCACGCCAACCCCACCCAGAUGCAAAGCAGGUUUUCCAAAGAACAUCUUUGCGUUUUCUUACCAGCUUCCCAGAAUCGAACUAGGGAGGAAGAAGCAGUUGAGAAACACAACUUCUUUCCAUUGUGCUGCCCGUUUCUGCCGACUUGUUCUGAGGCCGAGGCACCUCUAAGGUACUGAUGGCUCUGCAGAGGACCCAUUCAUUGCUUCUGCUUUUGCUGCUGACCCUGGUGGGGCUGGGGCUGGUCCAGCCCUCCUAUGGCCAGGAUCGCAUGUACCAGAGAUUCCUGCGGCAACAUGUGCACCCUGAGGAGACAGGUGGCAAUGAUGGCUACUGCAACUUGAUGAUGCAAAGACGGAAGAUGACUUCGAAUCAUUGCAAGCGCUUCAACACCUUCAUCCAUGAAGAUAUCUGGAACAUUCGUAGUAUCUGCAGCACCACCAAUAUCCAAUGCAAGAAUGGCAGGAUGAACUGCCAUGAGGGUGUAGUGAAGGUCACAGAUUGCAGGGAGACAGGAAGUUCUAGGGUACCCAACUGCAGAUAUCGAGCCACGGCCAGCACUAGACGUGUUGUCAUUGCUUGUGAGGGUAACCCAGGGGUGCCUGUGCACUUUGACAGUUAGAUGCCACCCUGUAGGGAUUAUCGCCAGUGGUUGGCCUUACACUUAUUCCUUGAAUCGCUGUUAGUAAUGCAUUUGAGCUGGCCCAGGCUCUGUCUCCACAGCUCAUUUCUUAUUCUUUUUCCCUAUAUAACUCAUUCUAUUAAAUACAUCGCAUCAAAGAGAAAUGGAGACAUAAACCUAUAGUGGAUGAGGCUGGGCUUUUCUGUAAUAAAUUUCCUUUUAUAAUAUUGGUCAGUAUAAAAAGCUUCCUUUUAUAAUACUGGUCAGCUUAGCUCUCUUAUAUCCUUUCCUCUGGAAUUUAGUUAUUGUGUGUAUUUAUGUAGUAUUUCAAACAUUUCAAAAUGCUUUUGUCUAUAUUAUCACAUUUUAGUACCACAGCAGUUAAAAUGAUAUCAUUACAUAUAGAAGCUCAAAGUUAAGGGUUUUGCUGAAGACUAUAAAGUUAAUGGAAUAAUUGAGACAGAAAUCCAGUUUAGCUGGACACCUAUCCAGGGCUUUUUCUGUUAGGGACAAGCAGUCCCAGAAAAUCCCCUUAGCUGACUGCCCCCCCUCCCCCAGGUUGCUCUGCAGCUGCAUUCCUAAACUCUUACCUAGGCACUGCAGCAAGGCUACCAGACAGGCUGCAAUGAGCAAAGCCUGCUUACAGCCAUCUGGGCAGCUCGGGGGAGGUCAUAAGAAACAAACUUUUAUAACACAUACUUGUAAAUUCCUGUCUUACACAUACCUGUAAAAUCCUGGGUUUUUUUUAACUGCUGCCACAAAAGUCACGGGUGAUAUAUUUUAUGAGUCUGUCACAAGCUGGUAAACUAUCUUCGUGCUUGUUACAAGCUGAUAGAUUAUCUUGGCCCAAAGACUCCCUUAUGCCCCUCUCAUCCCAUAUAAACUUCUCGCUUUGUAAGCUUGGGGCUGCCUCCUCUGAUUGUUGCCCCGCAGGUCAAUAAACUUGCUUGUCUGACCUUGGGUCUACUUGUCUUUCUCUUAGCUGACCUUACAUUUUCUACUUCAUCACAAGGAAUGUUUUGUAAGUGUCUGCUUUUUGUUAUCCUUAAAAUUCAUCUGUCGGGGGAAGCAUUAAAAAUUUGGAAAUGUAUGCCAGCAAAAUGUGAACUCUGUAUUUUUUGGCAUUGCUGUUAUGUUUGGGUCUAAUAAGAUUAAGAGGGUGAUAUUGGGAAUUUUCCCAACCUUUGAAUCACACUAGUAAGUCAAGGUAUUAAAAAAUGUACUAGAUCAUUAAGACUCAUGUGCUCUUACUGACUGAAAGAUUGUUUAUGUUUUCCUUGUAAUGAAGAACUUAAACUGCAGGUACCUGA